AUGCAGACUCAAGAAGAAGUCUCAGACUCAAACAGUCUGCAGCAGCAGCAGCAGCAGCAGCAGCAGCAGGAACAGCAGCAGGGAUGCAGAGAGAGAGGAACAGGGUCUAUGCUGCAGCUGCCUUCAAAGGAGACACUUGAGGCGCUACGUCUGUCUCUGCAGCAAACCCAACUCUCCCAGGCGCAUGCACUUAUAAGAGGAGACAGCCAAAGAGACAGCGAGACAAUAGCUAAAUUAAUUAAACAGGAAGCAGACAUAGUAGAAAAAGGAGACAAAGAGGAGACAGCUGCAGCAAAGCAGAAAGGAGACAGCUAUUCACUGCAGCAGCAAAUAAACCCAGACGCGCUGCUGUCUCUUGAAGAGAUAACACCAAACCCUCUUCGUGCUGAGCUGCACACAGCAGCUUCUGCUGCUGCUGCUGCUGCUGACGAAGUUGCUGCUGCUGUUGCUGCAUUGCGUGAGUGGCGCAAGCAGCAACAACAGCAGCAGCAACACCUGCUGCUGCAGCUGCAGCAGCAGCAGCAGGAAGUAGCGGUAAAGGAGACAGCCAGCGAGCCCUCAGACUGCUGUCUCCUUACAGAAUUGCAAAGCCUCUCUAACAGCAUCCUGGGGCCCCCCCAAGCAGCAGCAGGGGGCCCCCUAGGGACUCCCAGGGGCCCCCCUGCUGCAUGCAGCUUAGUGGAGUCUGUGCGCUCGACGCAGCAAAAGAGCGGCUGUCUCCUGCAGCUAAUAUCAGAUGCACACAACAGCGUUGCAGCAGCAGCAGCAACAGCAGCAGCAGCAAACGAGCUGGGCCCUGACCCUCGACGUCCCCCCUCACCUAAUACCAGGCCUCCCGCCUCAGCCCCAGCAGUUGCAGCAGCAGCAGGAUCAAUGGAGGCAGCAGCCACAGCAGAGCCGAAGCCCCCCUCUGCUGUUGCUGCUGCUCGUGCUGCUGCUGCUGCGGAGGUGUCUCCUUCCACCAGCAGCGACAGCCUCCAGCGCUGCAAGCAGCUGCUUGAAGACAUAUCGAUGCUGCAGGAAGAGACAGAUGAGGUCCUCAGUCUAUGCUCCGGGGCCCCCCCCCCUUUAUUGGGGGGCCCCCAGAGGGAGUCGGGGGGCCCCUAG